AUGUUGCAUUCUGCUGAAGACAUAGACGAGUCAAAUACUGAUAGUAAUGUAGAGAUCGAUGAUAGCGAAGUAAUGCCAGAACUACCUCUUGAACAAGAAGUGUCUGAUAAUGACAUUCGAUUGGCAAUGGAAAAAUUCCCACAAAAUUUUGCCAAAGUUUAUCCAUCAUCAGGACCAGCACUAUAUAUGGGACCGCUCAAUGAAGCUAUUAAUCAUUCAUUAUUGAAUCUUAUCGAUGUAAGUUUUCAAUUAUUUUAUAUCACAGGUUGA